CUCUCUCUCUCUCUCUGUUUCCUUAUAAAUUAUUUAUUACAUUCAAAAGGUUCAGUCAGCCACAGUCUCAGGGGAAAAUAAUUAAGCUCUGCAAAUUACAACAAAGGACCAUCCAACUCUUUCAAAGCUGCUUUCUUGGCAGUAAAAGAUAUUUAUUAUUUGUGUAAAUGUUCAAUGUUUCCCAAAUUUCAUGAGUUUUGUCUCUGAAAGCCAGUCGCUCAGCGUUGGAUGACGUGUGGCUGAGAAAGAAGGCAAAUGUUGCAACGUGGAACAUUUUUGAUUUUCAGUUUGAUCUGGAUGUGGAGCUUAGUGAGUGAAGAAGUGGAGGCUGUAAAUAAAUAAAUCUCUUCUGGCAGAAAGCGGUCCAUUCGACGGACGGAGACGGAUCCGGUUCACUGCAAGCCUCAGAUUCAUCCUGCAGCCAACAUGGCAGAGAGUCUGUUUCCGAGUUUAACCAAAGUCUUGAGGAAAGAACUGGGACCGUCGGUGAGGAGUAACUGGGACUACAACUUCAACUGGCCUCUGCUGACCGUGGUCAAGAUUAAAACCAAGAAGUUCGGUCUGUUUGAUUCAAACGGCAGAUAUAAACCACUGAGACUUAAACUGACCGAUCUUACCAAGGAAAACCUCUCCCUCGAGCCUCACCCUGAAACUCACGUGAAGGAUUACGAGAGUCUCUGGCGCCGUGUUCAGGGCGUGGUGGUAGAAGAACGACUUAAUGAAGUCACAGGUCGCGUCGGGGUCAAACGGGACUCUACGGACGCAAUGUGCCCGAUGACCAUCGUGAAAGAGUUUGUCAGAGACGAGGACUUGGCAAACCUACGGUACCAGACAAUCAAACUGGAGCAGAGCUUUGUGGACGACCUGAACAUGAAGACAGGAGAGAAACUGGCUUUUGUGGUGCAGAGAUUCUACAACGAGGAUGAGGUCCGGGUUCUGGGCAAGGCGUCCUCUGGAGGGAAAUUUGGAGCAACAGCAUUUAGCUUCGUCAGCGUCUCUAUGAAGUCUCAGGUGUCUGGAAUCAAAACCCUCAUCAUCCCACAAAAUAAAACUUUUGGUUUUGUUCUCCAAAAGAUGAUGCUGGAUGGAAACACUCUGAGGUUUGGUCUUGUGAUGUUCGCAGCUAUCCAACUCAUGAAGAGGCAAAUCAGCAAACUGACGACGUUGGCACAGGACAUGAUUGGCAUUCUGGAGGGGAAGGUGGAUGUGUGGGAGUCGCUGGCCGGCUGCGGUCACCUGCUGCCGAAGCUCACUGCGGUUCUGGAGGAAGGAUGUUCUCUGACUCAGCUGGAGGAGGCACUGGAUCCGAUCCCUGAUGGAGGAUCUCAGCCUGAAGGAGCCACAGCUUCGUUCACGGAUCUGGUUUCAGCUGCUGCCAGAGAGCAGACCGAAGCUCUUCAGCUGCUGGUCUGCGCUUUGGCCGAUCUACCAGAGAAUAUUCCAGCUGCUUUGAUCAAAUCCGGUCCGGAAACUCUGGACCGGAUCAUGAAGAUAAUGGAGCAUCUCAAGACGGGUUCUGUUGAAGUUCCAGAGUCCCUGGUGCGCCCCCUGCUGGAGACGGAGGAGCUGUGCUGGGUGGGAUCCUUCCUGAAGUCAGGAAGUUACAUGGAAGAUCCUGGAACUGCUGAGGUCGAUCAUCCUCCCGCCCAGCUGGAGGCGCUGUACAUCAGCGUGAGAGGAAUCAGCGUGAUGCUGCAGGCCACAGAUGAAAGUUUCUGUUCCCACUGAGAACAAGAAGAAAAAUCAUUUAAUCUGCAGCAAACAUGAAGAUUCAGGAAAAAUCAACCCAAAUGUUUCCUGCGUCAGUCUGAUCAUUUCUCCAUAAUUCAAAAAAUGUUCCAUAAAAAUGUCUCCAGAGGAAUAAAAUCCUGAUUCCCAAUAAA